AUUGGCGUCUGGGGGCGAUCCCGGGGCUGCUGGGAAGAUGGCGGACUCGGUGGCCCGCUGAUGAGGAGGCCACGGGGGGAGCCCGACUCCCGGGCCCCGAGACCAACUGAGAGAGUGACCUACGCGGGGCCCGGGGAGUCAUGUAGGGUGGCGUCUGCGGGGCGGGCCGCGAGAGGGUGGCGGGAGCUGGUGUUAGCGGCAGUAGCCACGGGCUGCUGGCCUCCCGGGGCCGGGACAGGGUGUGGGGGCCUCUCCCGCGGACAGCAUCGACUCCGCUCCUUGGCAGACGGCGUAUUGGGGCUCAGCGCGCGCCCUGCGAGGUUGCGCUGUGUUCUCAUUUCACUGGUGAGGAGACUUAGGCAGAGAGGCGAAGACACUAGUCCAAGGUCACGCAGCUGGGUCUCCAUCACCCACUUCCAUGCUUCGAAUCCUGCUCUCUGCCCAGACUUCCCCUGCUCGGCUGUCUGGUCUGCUGCUCAUCCCACCAGUACAGCCCUGUUGUUUGGGGCCCAGCAAGUUGGGGGACCGGCCUUUUGGAGGAGGCCCUGUGCAAGGCCUUCAGCGGCUUCUGGAACAGGCACGGAGCCCUGGGGAGCUGCUGCGAUGGCUGAGUCAGAACCCCACCAAGGUGCGAGCUCAUCACUACCCUGUGGCACUUCGUCGCCUGGGACAGCUCUUGGUGUCUCAACCUAGGCCCUCUCCUGUGGAGCAGUCCACACUGCAGGACUUGAGCCAGCUCAUCAUCCGCAACUGCCCCUCCUUUGAUGUUCACACCAUCCAUGUGUGUCUACACCUUGCAAUCUUACUUGGCUUUCCAUCAGAUGGACCACUCCUGUGUGCCCUGGAGCAGGAGCGAAGGUCCCGCCUCCCUCCAAAACCACCCACCCCACAUCAGCCUGCCACCCAUGGUGGGCAAAGGUUGGAAAUGGCCCUGAGCUGCCCCCAUUUCCUGCGGUACCCUCGUCAGCAUCUGAUCAGAAGCUUGGCAGAGGCAAGGGCAGAAGAUCUGACUCCCCAUGUAAUGGUGCUUCUGGCUCAGCACUUGGCCCGGCACCGGUUGCGGGAACCCCAGCUUCUGGAAGCCAUUGCUCACUUCCUGGUGGUUGAGGAAGCCCAGCUCAACAGCAAGGUGGUACAGAAGUUGGUCCUGCCCUUUGGGAGGUUGAACUACCUGCCCCAGGAGCAGCAGUUUUUGCCCUGUCUUGAGAGGAUCCUGGCUCGGGAAGCAGGGGUGGCACCCUUGGCCACAGUCAACAUUUUGAUGUCACUAUGCCAGCUACAGUGCUUGCCCUUAAGAGCCCUGCAGUUUGUCUUCUCACCCAGUUUCAUCAACCACAUCAGUGGCACCCCUCCUUCUCUGAUUGUGCGACGCUACCUCUCUCUGCUCGACACGGCUGUGGAGCUUGAACUCCCGGGGUACCGAGGCCCUCGCCUUCCCCAAAGACAGCGAGUACCUGUCUUCCCACAGCCCCUCAUCACUGACCGUGCCCGCUGCAAAUACAGUCACAAGGACAUAGUAGCUGAGGGGCUGCGCCAGCUGCUAGGGGAAGAAAAAUACCGCAGGGACCUGACUGUACCUCCAGGCUAUUGCACAGACUUCCUGCUCUGUGUUGGUAGCUCUGGUGCUGUGCUACCUGUGAGGACACAAGACCCUUUCCUGCCCUACCCUCCACGGUCCUGCCAACAGGGCCAUGCUGACUCUAAGCCCACGACCCAAGAUUCUACCCAAAGGGUGGUGCUGAUGCUACGAGAAAGAUGGCAUUUCUGCCGUGACGGCAGGGUGUUGCUGGGCUCUAGGGCCCUGAGGGAGCGCCACCUGGGCUUGAUGGGCUACCAACUGCUGCCGCUGCCAUUUGAAGAACUGGAGUCUCAGAGAGGCCUGCCCCAGCUCAAGAGCUACCUGAGGCAGAAACUCCAGGCCUUAGGCCUCCGCUGGGGACCUGAGGGUGGGUGAGGGAGUACACAGAGGGCUCAGGAUGAAUCCCCUAUUGGGGGCAGGGGGACAAUUUGCACUUUCGCUCUCUGGUUUUUUGGUUUUUUUUUUGUUUUUUUGUUUUUUUUUUCAUUAAAAUCCCUUUCCUUCCCAAGGCGAGUCUCAUUUCUGGGACAAGGAAGAGGGCUGGACCCUA